AUGCUGCAGUUCCUUAAAGACCUGGAGGAGAACGCUGUUCAGCUAGACAGGAUGAACACGGGGGCAAAGAUCUCCAGUGUGGCCGGCAGCUCCGUGGGGGCAGUUGGAGGUGUCCUUUCCAUCAUUGGUUUGGCAUUAAGUCCUGUAACAGCUGGAGCGUCUUUAGUGCUGAUAAUGACUGGGGUAGGGCUGGGAGUUACCAGCGGAGUUAACAGUCUUGUCACCACUGCCACAGAGAUUGGAGUAAACCCCACACAGCAGAAGAAAGCCAGUGAAAGCUUCCAGAGCUUCGUGGAGGAUGUGCAGGGUCUGCAGGAUUGUCUGAAGGUCGAGAUCAAAGAGGAAACAAGCCCGAUAGAUAUGGUUGUGGGAAUUGGCAAGAUUUCUAAUGCCGCCUCCGUUGUUAAGAUGUUAAAAAGUGAAGAUCUGAUUGCAAGUGCUGGCAAAGUGUCAGUGCAGGAAGGAAAAGCAUUUAGUAACGUGCCCAGAGUGGCAGCAGAUAUCCCAGAUAUCGGACAGGCAGCAGUCAAAGGGCCUCUUGCCCUCUCCAAGUCAGCCAGGGCCGGGUUCAUCGGUCUCAAUACUCUUUUCCUCGGCAUGGACAUCUUCUUCAUCUGUAAAGACAGCAUCAAUCUGGCCAAAGGCAGCAAAACUGAAGUCUCUCAGUUCAUCAGAGCCAGAACUGCUCUUUGGCGCUCAGAGAUGGACUCAUGGCAGAAGAUCCAUGACUUCCUGUGUGAAGGUCGGGUGACAUCGGAGGAAAACAAAGCUAUCCUGGAGACCCCAUUCUAUCCAGAGAAGCAGAUGAAGAAAGAAAGAAAAAUGGAAAUUAAAUUUGAGGAUGUGGAUGAAGAACACAAAAUGAUAGAGAAAAUGUUUUGUGUAAUACAGUAGUAAACAGAGAUAAUUACUGCAUUUGUGUCAAAAAUCACAAUGUGACAACUCUGAGACUUUGAUCAGGUAUGAGAUUCAUUAAAACUCUGCUUACAGUUCACCGUUCAGCACCAAGCAUUAAAGGUUUAGGAUUAAACACAUUUUUCUCAUA